AUGACCCUUCAACUGCAAACACGUCCAGAUGGAACGGCAGACUCUUCUCCAGGCUCCCAGCCUGGCCAUUCGAUCCAUGGUUUCAACGGAAAGCUUCUGGCGCAUCAGCCAAGGAAGCAGACGCCCAAGGAGAACCGGUCCAAGGAGAACCGGUCCAAGGAGAACUGGUCCAAGAAGAACUGGUCCAAGGACCAGGGAGCUAUGGCAACCGAACGAUACCCCAAAGGUUGGCCUCGGCUGGCAGCAGAACAAGAUGCCUACGAGAACGCCUCGAUCUAUCGCAAGUUCGGCUACGUCUCGCGACGAUGCAUUCUCGACGCCCAAGCAAAGUUGACUAGCCUGGAAAAACACCUCUUCAACUUGGAGCGCCCGCCAUUACUGGACGACACAUCGACCCCUGUGCCCUCCUCCUCCUCCGUACAGGUGUCAACCAUAAGCGGAGAGAAUACCCUGCCAGCAACGGCGAGCGAAACGCUACAGAGCAUAGGCUCAUUGCUUCCCGAAUACCAUCAGAUGUUGUUCAAUCUACGAACCCUCGAGUCGUUCCACGAAGUCCGCUACUACGAGCACAUUAAUUGGUACGACAAAAUCACGGCCGAUGACUACCUCAGUAAGGAAGAGCUGGCCUACAUGAACCACGUCAACGACUUCGUCAAUACCGGACCAGAUCCUCUGUGGCUGGCUUUCGAGUCGUUGCUGUACAGACUUCCGUACUCCUUCCGGAAGCUCAUCUUUGGCCAUCGGGACGAUACUAAGAGGCUUCGGAACUUCAUACUCUUGCCGAUGCUUCACCUCCGCAUUCUGUACAAGACUAUCUUCAUCUGGUUUUACGCGUUUUUGCUAUUGCUCCCCGUGGCGCUGCUUUAUCUCCACCCGGGUUGGAGUAAGCAAGCCGUCAUUGGUCUCGUGGCUGGUUUCACCGUUUUCUUCACCGCAUCACUAACUCUUCAUCGAGGCAUCAGCAUGCAAACUACACUAAUCGGGGCUUGCACCUAUGCAGCUGUCCUCGUGGCGUUGUUUGCGGAGCUACAAGACACGUCGGCGACGGGAUAA